UACCUUCAACUACCAUUCUUUGCUUCUUGAGAACCAUUCACCAUCUAUCUACUAUUGGUCUCAACUCUCAAGCCUGUCUUUCCAAAUAUCUUAGCAUUGCAAAUCACUACUUAAGGGGCUCCAUUGCCUCAAAGUAGCAGCACCCUGUUGACUUCCUCCCCAGAAUUCUAUGACAAAUGGCCGACUCCGAACACUCUUCUUCCGAUGACUCUUUCUCGGACUCUCAAGCUACAGAGAAAAGCAGACAAGAACCUGAGCUUCAAUUCUCCGAGGACGAGGAAGCACUUAUUAUAAGAAUGUACAAUCUAGUGGGAGAGAGGUGGGCUUUGAUUGCUGGGAGGAUUCCCGGAAGAACAGCAGAAGAAAUUGAGAAGUACUGGUCCUCUACAAACUCGACAAGUCAAUAAACAAUUAGGUCAAUCUGUUGUGUGACUCUAUCUCAACUUUCCCAAGCUUGCAUUGCAGAAUUUGCGGUUGGAACUGGACCAACUUGUAAUAUUGAACAUAAGAUCAAUGUACAAAGUAAUGUUCCAAGAGUUGCCAAUCUAAUAAUAUUCUUCGACAUAUUCCA